CCUGCCCCUCCGAGGCGCCGUAGCGCGGGAGGGAGGCGGCGGCGCUGUGGUCCAUCGGUCCUCGGGUCCGUGGGUCUGCCCGGCCGCCCGGCCCCGCCCUGCCCCCCGGGGCGGCUCGGCUCCAUGGCCCGCGGCGGCGGCGGGAGGCGGCCCGGGGGCCGCAGGGGCCGCUGACCGGGCGGCGGGAGGCGGCGGGGCCGGGCCAUGGGGGACGGAGCCGUCCGCAGCCGCGAGAGCCGGGAACCCAGCCCGAGCAGGAGCGGCACCCCCUGCUGAGCCCCGAGCGCCGGGUGAGAGGGGUGCGCGCGCGGCCCCCAGCCCAGGGCCCCGACAUUCCAGACCCGGCCCCGCCAGGAGCGCCCCGAGCGCGGCCCCGCGAUCCCCGCCCAGGAGCCGGCCGGCAGCCGGAUGCCCGGGCCCAUCGGGCGGGCCGGCGGCCGCCUGCGGGAUGAGCAGACUGCUGGGGGGGACGCUGGAGCGCGUGUGCAAGGCUGUGCUCCUUCUCUGCCUGCUGCACUUUCUCGUGGCCGUCAUCCUCUACUUUGACGUCUACGCCCAGCACCUGGCCUUCUUCAGCCGCUUCAGUGCUCGGGGCCCUGCCCGUGCCCUCCACCCAGCUGCCAGCAGCAGCACCAACUUCUCUCGGCCCAACACCACUGCCCCCAGCUCGGGGCUCCCUGAGGCUCCCAGUGCCCGGCCGGGCCCCACGGCUCCCAUCCUGCCUCCCUGUCCUGACUCGCCGCCUGGUCUUGUGGGCCGACUGCUGAUUGAGUUCACCUCACCCAUGCCACUGGAGCGGGUGCAGAGGGAGAACCCAGGCGUGCUUCUGGGCGGCCGCUAUACGCCACCUGACUGCACGCCCGCCCAGACAGUGGCAGUCAUCAUCCCCUUUCGACACCGGGAGCACCACCUACGCUACUGGCUCCACUAUCUGCACCCCAUCCUGAGGCGACAGCGGCUGCGCUAUGGCGUCUACGUCAUCAACCAGCAUGGUGAGGACACCUUCAAUCGGGCCAAGCUGCUCAACGUGGGCUUCCUAGAGGCGCUGAAGGAGGAUGCCACCUAUGACUGCUUCAUCUUCAGUGACGUGGACCUGGUCCCCAUGGAUGACCGAAACCUGUACCGCUGUGGUGACCAGCCCCGCCACUUUGCCAUUGCCAUGGACAAGUUUGGUUUCCGGCUGCCUUAUGCUGGGUACUUUGGAGGUGUGUCGGGCCUGAGUAAAGCCCAGUUUCUGAGAAUCAAUGGCUUCCCCAACGAGUACUGGGGCUGGGGUGGCGAGGAUGACGACAUCUUCAACCGGAUCUCCCUGACUGGGAUGAAGAUCUCGCGCCCAGACAUCCGCAUAGGCCGCUACCGCAUGAUCAAGCACGACCGGGACAAGCAUAACGAGCCCAACCCGCAGAGGUUUACCAAGAUUCAAAACACGAAGCUGACCAUGAAGCGGGAUGGCAUUGGGUCAGUGCGGUACCAGGUCUUGGAGGUGUCUCGGCAACCGCUCUUCACCAAUAUCACAGUGGACAUUGGGCGGCCCCCAUCAUGGCCCCCUCGGGGCUGAUACUAAUGGACAAAGGCUCCCAGUGCCAAGGAUUGCCUGCCAGAGGACUGACCUAUAUAGCCUGGCUGGUGGUUGCUCGAUGGGGGAUCUCCCAGGACUGAGACUGUGGGCUCUGUUUCCGGAGGGUCUUCAAUAGGCCCCCCCUGCAGCUGCACCUGGAAGUUUCAGAACCUACUCUGGGGGACUUCCAACCUGGGCAAGCCCCUCAAGUGUGGCCCUCUCUGGGGUCAACCCUUCUUCCUGCCCCUUCCUCCCCGGCCCAGCCCUCCCUCACCGUCAGGGUCGGGCCAGCCCCUGCACUGCCUCACCGAGUGGCCUGGGCUAGGUCACUCCACCUCUCUGUGCCUCAGUUUCUCCCCCCUUGAGUCCCUCUAGGGCCUGGAAGAGUGGGAGGUGUGACUAGGGGGCAGUGUCGCUUCCAGGGGGAAUUCUCAGACCUGAGGAUCCCCCGUACUCCCAGGGGAGGGGAAACCUUUUUCAUUCAACAUUGUAGGGGCAAACUCUGGUGCGCCCCCUGCUGAGGAGCAGCCCCAGGAGGGGACCAGAGGGGGUGCUGUGUCGCUGCCCGGGAUCUUGGGGUUGGGCUUUGCAUGCGGGGCAGGCGGGGCUUAGAUCAGUCAGUCAGGUUCUUGCCUCCCUGUCUCGGAGAGAAGGCAGUAGCCCCAGGGCCGGCUCGUUGUUUGUACAUUGCACAGAAACUUGUGUGGGUGCUUUAGUAAAAAACGUGAAUGGAGCA